AUGAAGAACGUCUGGAAAAUUCCACUUUUCUUCUUUGUAUGCAGUUUCCUGGGACCCUGGGCAUCUGCAACUGUCAAGCGUCGCCCAAGGUUCCCUGUCAAUUCAAAUUCGAAUGGUGGAAAUGAACUUUGUCCAAAGGUCAGGAUUGGCCAAGAUGAUUUACCAGGGUUUGACUUGAUUUCCCAGUUCCAGGUAGAUAAAGCGGCAACCAGAAGAGCCAUCCAAAAAGUAGUGGGAUCCACCGCAUUACAAGCGGCUUACAAAUUGGGAAAUAAUGUAGACAUCAGGGUCCCAACCAGGCAUUUAUAUCCCAGUGGACUGCCUGAAGAAUACUCCUUUUUAACUACUUUUCGGAUGACUGGAAGCACACUUGAAAAGAACUGGAGCAUUUGGCAGAUCCAGGAUUCCUCAGGGAAGGAGCAAGUUGGCGUGAAGUUUAAUGGCCAAACAAAAUCUGUUGCAUUUUCAUACAAGGGACUGGAUGGAAGUCUCCAAACCGCAACCUUCUCGAAUUUGCCCUCCUUGUUUGAUUCCCAGUGGCAUAAGAUCAUGAUUGGUGUGGAAAGGAAUAGCGCUACUCUUUUUGUCGACUGCAACAGGAUCGAAUCCUUACCUAUAAAGCCAAGGGGCCAGAUCAAUGUUGAUGGCUUUGCGGUGCUGGGAAAACUUGUGGAUAACCCUCAAGUUUCUGUCCCGUUUGAGCUUCAGUGGAUGCUGAUCCACUGUGACCCUCUGCGGCCCAGGAGAGAAACUUGCCAUGAGCUGCCGGCCAGGAUAAUGCCCAGCCAGCCCACCGAACAGAGAGGUCCCCCAGGCCAGCAGGGUCCCCCCGGGCCGCCGGGCCCCCCCGGAGUUCCGGGCAUCGAUGGCAUUGACGGUGACCGAGGCCCAGAGGGUCCCCCGGGGCCCCCGGGUCCUGCAGGAGAGCCGGGCAAGCCGGGAGCCCCGGGAAAGCCAGGCACGCCGGGCGCUGACGGACUAACAGGACCGGAUGGAUCCCCCGGCUCUGCUGGACCAAGGGGGCAAAAAGGAGAACCUGGCGUGCCGGGAUCUCGUGGAUUUCCAGGCCGUGGCAUUCCAGGACCCCCUGGUCCCCCCGGGUCGUCAGGACUCCCUGGAGAGCUUGGCCGGGCUGGAUCGAUUGGUGACCCUGGGAGAAGAGGACCACCUGGCCCCCCUGGGCCUCCGGGACCCAGCGGAACAAUUGGCUUUCAUGAUGGAGAUCCAUUGUGCCCCAAUGCCUGUCCACCAGGUCGCUCAGGCUACCCAGGCAUACCAGGCAUGAGGGGCCAUAAAGGGGAUAAAGGAGAGAUUGGUGAACCCGGAAGACAAGGUCACAAGGGUGAAGAAGGUGACCAAGGAGAACUGGGAGAGGUUGGAGCUCAAGGACCUCCAGGAGCCCAAGGACGGAGAGGCAUCACUGGCGUAACUGGUGCCAAAGGGGAGAAAGGUGCUCGGGGCUUAGAUGGAGAACCUGGGCCUCAGGGUCUUCCUGGUGCACCUGGUGAUCUGGGACAGCGAGGCCCUCCGGGGGAAGCAGGUCCCAAGGGAGAUAGGGGGGAUCAAGGUUCUAGAGGAAUUCCUGGCCUCCCUGGGUCCAAAGGAGACACGGGCUUGCCGGGCGUGGACGGCCGCGACGGGAUACCUGGAAUGCCCGGGACAAAGGGUGAACCAGGGAAACCCGGGCCCCCUGGGGAUACAGGAUUGCAGGGGUUACCUGGUGUGCCUGGCAUUCCUGGGGCAAAGGGUGUUACUGGCGAAAAGGGUAACACAGGUGCCCCAGGGAAGCCUGGUCAGUUGGGGAAUUCGGGCAAACCGGGCCACCAGGGGCCACCAGGAGAGGUGGGGCCGCGAGGACCCCGGGGGCUUCCUGGCAGUAGAGGAGAAAUAGGGCCCGUGGGACCCCCAGGGCCGCCAGGGAAACUGGGCUCUGUCGGUAGCCCUGGCCUCCCUGGCUUGCCUGGCCCCCCUGGACUUCCUGGAAUAAAAGGUGACAGGGGUGUAGGUGGAGAACCUGGCCCGAAGGGUGAACAGGGCGCCUCUGGUGAAGAAGGUGAAGCAGGAGAAAGGGGUGAACUUGGAGAUAUAGGAUUACCUGGCCCAAAGGGAUCUGCAGGUAACCCUGGCGAGCCGGGCUUGAGGGGGCCUGAAGGAAGUCGAGGGCUUCCUGGCGAGGAAGGGCCCAGAGGACGCCCUGGGCCUCGAGGCGUGCAGGGGGAGCAGGGCGCCACCGGCCUGCCUGGCAUCCAGGGCCCUCCGGGCAGGGCACCGACAGAUCAGCACAUUAAGCAGGUUUGCAUGAGAGUCAUGCAAGAGCACCUUGCUGAGAUGGCUGCUAGUCUCAAGCGUCCGGACUCAGGGGCCUCCGGCCUCCCUGGGAAGCCUGGCCCGCCAGGCCCCCCAGGGCUCCCCGGAGACAAUGGUUUCCCAGGCCAGGUGGGACCUCGAGGCCUCCCGGGGCUCAAAGGCCCUCCUGGUGCUCUAGGCCUGCGGGGACCUAAAGGUGACUUGGGAGAAAGGGGGGAACGUGGCCCUCCGGGAAGAGGUCCCAAAGGUUUGCCUGGAGCUCCAGGUCUCCCAGGUGACCCAGGCCCCGCCAGCUACGGGAGGAUUGGCCGGGAUGGCGAGCGAGGGCCCCCAGGAGUGGCAGGAAUUCCUGGUGUACCCGGCCCCCCAGGACCUCCCGGCCCUCCUGGUUUCUGCGAGCCGGCCUCCUGCACCCUGCAGGCCGGUCAGCGAGCAUUCAGCAAAGGCCCCGACCAGUGACGGGCCUAGUACCGCACGCAGUCUGCAUGAGCCCUGCGUGCACAGGAGCCUAGAGCAGAGCCGCCACCCGCGCUGGGGCAACAGAUGACAACGCAUCACCUUCAACGUUACCCGGAGUCCUGCUUGACAAUCAGACUCAGAACAAUGGUGCUAUUCAGUAAACCCUCUUUCCUUUCCCUUGGAGGGAGACAGCAGAAUCAUCAGUAAAACAAAAACCAAAAACCCCUCCCUUUAGAUAAACUGACAGUCCUGGGCCCAGGAUCUUGACCUUUGGUGCGCUAUACAAAUGUGAUACAUCACAGGCCCCUGUGCCAAUAAACAAAGUCGACUGUUCGGUUUACCGCAGUUGCAGUAGUUAUUUUCAUUUUUUAUUUAGCUGUUCUCAGAUUAUUGUAGGGGAUUGCCAGACUAGUUAAUGAAGAAACCCCACUACAGCCAAUAGAAUCGGUGCUUCAGAAUCCCCAGCAGUGCACCCCAGGGGUGGCAGGGAAGCUCUGUGCCACCCAGAGUGGUGUCCUUACAUCACAUGCCGGGUUUCUCAGUCAUCCUGAAGUUUUGUUGGACUGUACUGUACCCCAAACCCGUUCAUACCUUGAGCUCUGCUCUGUGAAAGCAAAGAAGGAAUUUUAAUAUUCUGCCAUUCAUAAGUUUUAUUGAUAAAAUUAUUUAUUUUAAAGGUUUGAGGUAACAUCUCUGGUUGUACCAAGGAAGAAAUAAAUAUGGUUUCUUAAUCUCUUGCAUGUUUUCUUGUAAGUCAUCAUGAUCAUUGGGAACAAGUCACUGAGAUUAUUCAGAUAUGUUGAAAAAUUUAAAAUUACUGGUAUUUCUAUAGGUAUGUUUAUAGUAUUAGUCUUUUUUUUCUAUAGAGAAAUUAAAAAGCCUUUAUUGUUCCCCAGAGGGUAUGACAGAAGUUGUAUGUAUGUAUGUAUAUGGGGCUGGGGUUGGGGAGCUUCUUGGACCUUUUUGAAAUUAAUAACCCAGAAAAACAGAAGUGCAUAUGCACAAACAUGUUUGCAGAGAAUUUCACAGGUUCUAUGGAUCCCCUAAGUCUGGCCUUGCUUGGUUUCUAGGUUAGAAACCACUCACUGCGUUCAUUUCAGUGAUCUGUUAGCUUCCUGCUAUGCAGAACUUCAUUGCUGCAAAAAUGAUUUCUGUUUCUCCAUUUUUUAAAACAUUUUAUACAGUCAGCUCAGUUAAAACACUGCAUUUUUACCAAUAAGAUGGGUAUUGCCUGACUGCUCAAGCUCUUAACUACUAUGCACGUAGUAACAUUGGUUGCUGUUUAAUCAACAUCAGUAUAAACUAUUGAUCAGACAAUAUAUGCAUUUCAUGUCACAGUGAUAUGAGUGACUUUGCCUGGGGAUAGCACAUUGUUCAAAAUAGUCAAUAUCUUCUAUUAAUUUAUGGAACUCAGUUCACUCAAAUCAAGGGGGAGUGAGCCUUACUUAAUAGGAUUUUGGUAUAAAUUUUUUCUUGUGUACUUUCUGUACAUUUAAAACUUUAAGCCCUGUAUGUUUAGCUACAUCAAUAAUCAUGUAAUCUGUAUUUGGAUUUCUUUAAAAUUGUUACAGCAUCUAAUUCUGUGCUUCUAGCAUGGAGUGUGCCUAAAGAGAAUGAUUCUAACUUGGUUAUGUAGAUCGGUGCCAUUUACACACCCUGAGAAGAAUGCCCUUCCUUCUUGUGGAAUCAGUAAUUUUCAGAAACAGAGAUACCUGCUACAACUACUUAAAAUGGUCUUUAUAUAAAUGCAAACCUUCUCAGGUACUGUGACACUUACUCAAAUAAAUGCAAAGA